UGUUGUUUUGAGGGGGACUUGCGUUUUUGGGGUUUAAGAGAUAUCACUGGUUGUGGAUUAAGAAAUUCCUACGAUAUCCAUUCAAAUCCCCUUAAUCACUGCAAACCACUAAUACAUAUCAUUCUAAAUAAUCCAUCGAUAUACCACUAAAUCCUCAGAUAUCCCUUCAAUUAUUCCAAGCAGAAAGAGAAAAAUGAGCGAGCUUUACUCCUAGAGGAAAAAAGCAAGAAAAUAGAAGAGUCCGCAUCCCAUUUGAGGACAGGUAGGACAUCAACUGGACAUUUGCUGUAGAGUAAAUAUCGGUUUUAUUAGAUCCUUUAUUGUAAAGUAAAUAUAGAGUUGCUGUAGAGUAAAUAUAGGGUUUCCAAUUUUUAGAAACCGUUGUAAUAAUUUAAAAUAAAUUUAUUAAUAUUUUUAAACUAAUUAUUAGCUCGGAAUCAAAUGCUUAUGACUUUAGAAGAGGCAGAAUCAGAAGAGGAUGUUAUAUAUAGAGCAAUCUUCUCUCCAUUCAAAUUAGUUGAAACAACAGAUAAUCCACAUAUAGAAGUUUUUUUGAGUGUUUAUUAUCGCCAACUCGAAUUGCCCGAAGAAGCUAAAUUAACAAGUCAAGAAUGUUUUACUUUAAUAGAAAAUAUGGACAUAAAUCCAACAAAUUCAACCCCAAAUAUUCCUUUUUAUUAUUAUUACCAUUACAAAAUUAAUUCAAAUAUUUUACAAAAUAAACUUGAACAAUUUAUUUUAAAUAAUUAUUUUAUUAAUUUAAUUGUUAAUGAAAAUGUUAAUUUAAAUGAAAGAGAAUAUCUCAGUGAAGAUGUUUUUGAUUUAUAUUAUUCACCUGAUGGUGAUGGGAGUGCUGUGCCUCAUAUGCGUUUGGGAUUGUUUGUUAAUAUUUACAAUCAUUGUGUUACAAUUAUAAAUGAACAUAAUGCUAAACAAAGUGAAGAAGAAGACAAAAGUGAGUGACGUGAAGGUUAUGGGGAAGAUACUGAAAAGGAUACAAUGAUUGAAAGAUGUAAUUGAAAG